AUGUCUGCACCUUCCUAUCUACCUCCCCGUCAAGCACCGCACUCCCGCAAUAGGGAGCCAAAACUAAGUGUGCACCUCAAAAACAGCACCAUUGUCGCCUCAAUCAUGCGCCUCGUCUACUUCUUCCAAGUCUCAAACCUCGACCCCACCUACACACUCACCCCCAUCGCCUUCACAACAGCCGCCGAACAGUUCCUCGGCAUCAUCUGCCCGAGCCUCCCGACCCUGGCCCCCAUCAUCCGCGUCACGUGGGAGAUAACCAGCAGCCUAGGCAGCGCCCGAAGCAAACCAACCUCGAACUACUCGGACUCGAAAAUGGCCCCGCCGGACAAAUGGGCCCAGAGCAACAAUGGCGGCCGCUCCCGGAAAGGCAGCAGUGCCAGUUGGUGGAGAAGAGGCAGUGCGAAAAGGGCGCCCGAUGAGAGCGAUGAGACGCUCGCGAAGAAGGCGAGCGGUGAGGCGCUGUUUUUUAAUGGGCAGCCAUUUACCAAUGAGCAUCAGACUAUCACGAGUAAGAGGCUCGAUCCGAGGUUUGCGGAUCUGGAAAUGGGUACUACGACGGAUGCGGUCAGGAGUAUUAGUGGGGAUGAGACGCUGGAUGAUGGGGAGAGUGGGAAGCAUGGGUUUGAGGGCUUGCCGAGUGGGGCGAUCGGCGUGAAGCAGGGGUUUAAGGUCGAGGAUAAGUAG